AUGAUAACCUCGCGCGUCGAAACCCCCUCGGGCUCCUUACCAAGCCUGCCUUGCUUUACUCAACCACCAUCCCAGGAGAUAUUUGAAAAUCUUAUGGAAGAGUCUGAGCAGCAGCUUCUCCACGAGUUUAGACACGCAACGGCACAUUCUCUAAUCGAAAUGCCAUCCGAGUCCUUGGACGCUACCAACCUCCGCUCCAAGUCUCCUUCAUCAAUCUCAUCUAGUCAGUUCACGUCUUCGAUCCAGCACAACCACCAGCCUCAAAACCCAAUGGAAGCUCUUCAAUUCUCUCUUGCCUCUGGCAAAUUCUCCGACCUUACCAUUAUCCAUGGAGAUACGCGGUGGAAGGCACACAAGGUUGUCGUCUGUUCUCAAUCCUCUGUUCUUGAGAGCAUGAUCAAAGAUACGAAUGAUGGUUCAAUUCUGGAUCUCACAUCCUACGAUAACCAAACCAUCACCCUAAUGAUGGAAUACCUCUACACCUCAACCUACACACACCAUCCCCACCCCCCCACAUUCAGUCUCCCCCUCCACACCCAACUCUACAUCCUAUCCAGCAAGUUCCAAAUCCACGGUCUCCAAACCCUAUCCUGCACCCUCUUCACCCACCAUCUCAACAACCACGUCUCCAAUCUCGAAGUGUAUUUCACCAGCGUCCGCUCCAUCUACGCCCACACGAGCCCCGAGAACCCCGGCCUCCGCAUCGCCGUCGUCGAAGCCGCCGUGUCAGAGAUGCGCAAACUGCUCGGAGAUGACGAUGUCCGUAACCGCUUCUUUGAAGUCAUGACUGAUACGCCGGAUUUCAUGACCGAUGUGAUGACCCUGUUGGUUGAGCAUCCCGAGAGGCCGGUGCUGAUGCAGGAGCUUUGCGAGGAGUGUGGACCGAGAGGUGAGGGGGAGGGGUAUGAAGUCACGGUUUCUUGUAAGACGUGUGGUAAGGAUAGGACGGUGGAAUUUUGUUGA